AUGAUGUUUGCAUUUUGCAGCUUCAGCAGUAGCACCUUUCUACAAGGAGAUCCGUUUCUUGGAAUUCUCAGGACUCUUGAUCUUUUAUCUCCUCUGUUGAUUACGCUGAUGGUUCGUUUUCUCUAUGCGAAGGAGAAUUUGCAGGGCGUACAAAAACACCACAGCACAAUGAUGUGCCAUGCUCAGUUUUGUUUUGGCGAGGAUGGUAGAGUGCCCGUGUGA